AUGAAAUCGCUCAUCUUGGCUCUCUUCGUUUUGAUCUCGGCUCUUUUCGUCGUUUCUGAAGCCUUCCCACAACAAACAAGAUAUCGAAAAUCUCAGCCACGUAAGUUGGAAAGAUCCAAGCUUGGAGAAGAUCUGAUCAGAAUUUUGUGACGAAAAAAUACCCCACGCAAAUACCCUUAUCCUCACCUUACCCAAACAAAAAUAACAUAACAUAACAAUAACAAAUAUCAAAUUUCAUGAACUCUUUUUUUUGCAGAAGAGGCAAAUAUUCAACCAUUUAUCCGAUUCCGUAAAUCUGCUUCACCAGCUUCAGCAUCGAUGCCAAAUCAAGAAUAUUCUUCAGUUGGAGUUGGAGCACGGCCUAUUAUCUACUAUUAUCCAUCACAAUUUCAAUCGCCAUCAAUGGAUUUGGAAUAA